GUGACACGCUGCUCUCUUCCUCCUCCCUCUUCCUCUGCAUACCGGCCUCCCUGCGCGACUGAAUUCGAUUCAGCGUCUUGAGAUCGCCGGCAGACGUCCGACAACGACAUUCUUUUGAAUUACGUUCUUUUUCUCCUAUUCGGUUUCACGUCUCCAUCGGAGACCGUCAAACGCACGCUUAACCCAAUCAAAAGCCUACUGAUCCCACUGAAAACAUAGACCAGUGCUGAACACCUUGGGGAAAUGUCUUCGGAGAAACAGCUGUUCGACAAUGUUAAGCUGGGGCGCCAUGUCAAACGCGACGGCUUCGUGCACGUCGCGAAACGGCGCCUGAGUCCCCGAGCUGACGAUCCGAGCGAUGAUUUCCAUAACCAUCCCAAGACGAUUGACCUGGGCCCUGUGCAGCAGUCAACAACCACGUCGACGAGCACAACGAGUAUACCCACUCCGACGCCGCCCAAGCCUGUGACCACGAGUAGCUUGACCACAAGCACCUCCACUUCUUCUUCCGUUUCGAAGCCGACCACCACCUCGUCCACAACCAGCGCCACCACGUCGGCUACCACCAGCUCUAGCACUACGAGUAAGCCGACCACGACGACGAGCACAACUCCGGUUCAGACGCACACUUCGACCACCGCGGCCGCCGUGACGACUCCAGUGACCACGGCCAAGGCGUUGACCCCCACAUUCGCUUCUACUACCUUACUUGCCCAAGCGUCUGCGUCCGCGUCGUCCACCUCCACUCCUGACGAUGACAGCUCGAUCUCCGGGGGAUUAAUUGGCGGCAUCGCAGGUGCUAUCGGUGGCUUAGCCCUCAUUGCCUUGGUUGUACUCUACUUCCUGAGGAGGAAGAGAAACGACGGCUAUAACGAGAAUGCUGACUUUAACCCCGACGCUUUCAGGAGCCAGUCAGUCAUGCUGCCCGAUGACGACCGUCCUUCCCGCCGCGGCCCCAGGCCACCGACCAUGAUCGAGCGGCACGUCGCCAACAGCCCUGCGACCCUGGGCCCGAACCAGUACAACUACCCCCUGCCGCCUCCCCCAGCUCAAUACGCUCAGGGAGGAUACGGUAAUCCGUUCGGCAACCAGUAUCAAAUGUCGUUCAACCCUGGGGAUGUUAUGUCGCCUGGCCCUGGCCCCGGCUCGCCUUCGCCCCCUCCACCUAGCCACAGUCCGUACACGCCAAACACCGCGCAACCAUUCUUUGGGCAGUACGCGCAGUCGCCCAUCGCUUCGCCUAUGACCCCAGUCGGGUACAAUAACAUUGGCCAGCCUGCGCUCUCCCGGCAGCCCUCUGGUGGAUCUCGGGCUCUCAUGUCGCCAGGCGGCCAGGACGAUCACUACAUUGACCUGAACCGCAGCAGCGUGACGCCCUUCCAGGCUCAGCAGUACGAGGAGAUCUCCAGGAGGCUCGGCGCGCAGCCGUCGGACGGCAUCGCCAACAUCUCCGAGGAGGCGGAGGCCGUUCCCUCUCCCCCUCCUAAGGAAAAAGAGACGCCGUUGACUGACCCGGCCCUGCGCGUCCCUGCUACCCCCGCUCCGCCGUACAGCGACUAUGACCCACAUAGCGUUAGCGAGGAGCUGCCCGCCCCGCCUUCGCCCGUGCAUACCUCCCACUCGAGGGUGCCAUCCUCGCCGCCUUUGCUGCCGGAGAUCGAGCUGCACAACAGGCCGUUCUCGCCGAUGGACCACUCGUAUGACUUCCCGUCGUCCGCGAAGGCGAGCACGUUUGAUAUCCCGUCGCCCAAGCUGGACGCGGAGUUCGCCGCCGCUGGUCCAGGACCGAGUGCCAAGGCGCCUCCGAGCCAGCUUAGGAACGUCGCGGCCAUGAGGCCCGAGACGGUAUACGACCCCGAAGACGCGUAUGGCGGCAUCUAAGGUGAUGUUGCUGUGUGCGUCUGAAGUCACCCUUGAUGGGUUGCAAUGUAAAUGGAUCCCGAAGUGGUGUGUACCAGCCUGCCGCGAGCGGUUAGAUUUGGUUGUCAGUGUAUCCCGGCUUACAAUUCCCCUCUGUCUAAUCAAGUUCCCUCCUCUUCCUCUACCGUUCGCUCGCUCGCUUGCUUUUUACCCCUGUUUAAUGUGCUUGGCAAACGAAACCGGUGUUCGCUGGGUCGCUGGGAUUUGACCCCUGGGUUCGGGUUGUGUCGUUUCUCGGAGGUUCAUUACGCUGUCUUGGCUAGAGGUUCCUCCGCGCGUGUACACUCUGACGAGUAUACCUUUACUUUCCUGUCAUACCUACUAACGAAUUGUCGUCUAUACCCCUUGCGUUUGAUGACAUAUAUAUUCCUAUCCGAGC